AUGCACGCAUUAGACGACCCAUCCGUCGAAUCUUACUUUAUCCCUGGCGCCAAAGUCUUUGACAGGUUUUUUGAUUGCCCACUUGAUUAUGACAAUGAGGCAAAUAGUUCCAAAAUCCAAGUGUUUGUUCGCCAUUUAGUCCCCGUAGAUAAGGUGGCAUCAAUCAAAAAAAUGCCUUUUUUCCUUUACCUCCAGGGUGGGCCCGGGUUUGAGUGUGCCUUGCCUGCCAGCGGAACUGGAGGCUGGGUCAAGGUAGCAUUCGAAAAAGGGUAUCAAGUUUUGUUGAUCGACCAACGUGGCACUGGACUCUCCUCCCAAAUUUCUAGCGAAUCUCUUGAAACUCUCUUCAAAACAGACGAAGAAAAAGCGGAUUAUUUAACUCAUUUCCGUGCUGAUAGCAUCGUCAAAGACUGUGAAACCAUUCGUAAGCAAUUAACCCAAGAUAGAACUAAAGAAGAGGAAGAGCGUAUCACCCUAUUGGGUCAAAGUUUUGGUGGAUUUUGUAUCACCACAUAUCUUUCUUUAUUUCCAAAAUCAAUUCAACAUGCGUAUAUCACGGGUGGUGUUCCUCCACUUGUUGAUACACCCGAUAAGGUUUACAGAGCCUUAUAUCCUCGUCUUUUGAAAAAGAACAAGUUGUACUAUAAAAAGUUCCCUCAAGAUGUUGCUCGUGUCCGUCAAAUUCAUAAGUAUCUUUCUGAAAACAAGGUAGAUUUACCUAACGGUGGCCGUCUUUCUGUCCGUCGUUUCCUCUUAUUGGGUAUUUCAUUUGGUGGAUCUGGUGGAUAUGAUACGCUGCACCAAAUUGUUCAAUCUGCAUCUCAUGAUCUUGACCGCAUAGGAAAGUUGAGCUAUCGCACACUUGAUACUAUUCAAGGAAACCAAAGUUGGGAUACCAAUCUCAUCUAUGCUAUUCUUCAUGAGGCCAUUUAUUGUCAAGCCAAUCAAUCUAGCCGUUGGUCCGCUGAGCGUUUGAUAUCUGAAGAACCAUUCGCUAGUGAUUUCCAAUGGCGACUCGACGAAUUAAAGGAUGAUCAACCUGUUUACUUUACCGGAGAGAUGAUUUAUCCAUUUAUGUUUGAUGAUUUUGCCGAAUUGCGUCCUCUUAAACGUGUUGCUGAUUUACUUGCUGAAAAGCGCUGGGGUCAGCUUUACGAUACAGAUGUAUUAAACAAGCUGGAAGGUCCAUUAAUCGCUGGCGUAUCUUACUUUGAUGACAUGUAUGUCGAUAGAGAAUUAUCAGAACAAACUGCUGGUGAAAUGAAUGGUUUCCAGCAAUGGAUUACUAACGAGUUUGCUCACAAUGGUCUUCGUGCUGAUCCAGAAAGAGUGUUGAAUUAUUUGAUCAAGCUCGCAAGAGGUGAUGAAGGUUACAACCGUUAA